AUGAGGCACAGACCCCUUGCGGUUGUCAUCGCUGUUAGCAUCGCCAGUGCGACGUGCAUCAGGAUGGACCGAGCAGCGUUACCUACCCCACCUGCCGAUCCUUCAUCGACGAUCGCUGCGUGGAUGACAGCAAAUCCCUCAAACUCUCCGCUUACCUUCGCGUACGACUCUGCAGUUUGCAGUCGUGUCUUCAAGGAAGUCUUUGGCAAAUUCCCCUCAGAAAUCAAUGCGACGUCCUAUGUGCAUAAGCAAGUUGACUGCGCUACUGUUCAAGUACCGUACGACUACACUCGAUUUUCUGACAAGCGACGUGCGAACAUCGGCCUAUUGAGAUACAGACCCCUCGGCAUCGUCGAAGGCGAGAUCAAGCCAUCCGGAAGAGUCUUCACCAAUCCAGGAGGUCCGGGUGCAUCAGGUCCAGUCUCUGUUCUCGAUGGUCAUGAAAAAAUGGAGGAGCUGACAGGAGGUCAGUAUGAAAUCUUCGGCUGGGACCAAAGGGGAGUCUUCAGCUCCACCCCUUCCGCUCCAACUUGCUUCAAAUCGGGCGAAGAGCAAAUCAGAUUUGGCGUGCAGUCCUCCAUACAGAUUCCACUUGUUCGUGACGGUGGCAGCUUUACGUCGAAGCACGUAGAGCAAGUGCGCAGCUCGGUGCAAAACGCCUGGGAUCGCCUUGCGGACAUGAAGCGCGGAUGUCUCGAGCACUCUUCAAAAGAGAGCUUAGACUUCGCUCCAUAUAUGGGCUCCUACUUCAACGUGCUAGACUUGGAGUACAUUCGAAGACUGCUCGCUCUAUCUUCCGCGAAAGGAGCUAUCAACGCGAGCCCGCAAGACGUGGAGAACGUUGAUCUGAUGCACUUUCUCGGCUUUUCCUAUUCGGCAGCUGGCACGGGCCAACUUUAUCUCAGCAUGUUUCCGCAAUUUGCAGGCAAAUUCAUCUUGGAAGCGAAUGCUAAUCUGACAGCAACUCUGCGAGAACAUCUCUACAAGCAGCCAGCCAUCGAUGCGCUGCUCGACACCGAAAAGGUCAUGCUGCGAUGGCUCGACGACUGCGUCAGCAAGGCUAACAAGUCACAGUGCCUACUGCUCGAGUAUGGCAAGACGCGCUCGGAGAUACUAGCCCGCAUCGACCAAGCGUGGGCAAAGUUAUACGACCAUCCGCGUUUCGUCAAGCCGGGCAACAAGACGUAUCCCGCCGCCGACAGCGCGUUGAAUGGCUUGAUCACCAUUGCGGCAUAUCGAGACAUGAUAUUCAGGGCGAUGAACAUGUACUCUUACGAUUGGUGGGACAAUCGGGACGACUAUAUGACUUGGACCUGGAAGACGAUGCUCGAUGACGAUUGGGACUUGGCAUAUGCCAUCGCCUUUAACGACACCUAUUCCAUCACGGGAGGCGGCGGCGCAGGCAAUCACACGGACGGAACAGCCUGGAACUCUGUCACGCAACUCGUCUACUGUCUAGACGCGGCAAACGACGACAACGUGACAGUCGACGACCUGGUGCAAGAAAUUUCCCAAAGAGCCAUCCACACCUCUAGACACUUUGCCCCGGCUCCGAAUAGCGAAUUCUUCACAUCUUGCUCGCGCUUGGGUUGGUCGAAUCCAGCAGGCAGAUGGCAGGGAGCCAUCUUGGCCUCUAAACCUCGCACGCCCCCACUCUUUAUCUCUAACGAGUACGACUCCAUCACACCGCGGGCUAACGCUGAGGAAGCCGUCCGAAAAUUGGGAAGUGGUAAUGCUUAUUUGGUCGUAGACCCCGGGUAUGGUCACGAGACUUGGGGAAGAAAGAAUACCACUUGUACCUUCGAAGCGCGAAAGAGGUACUGGAAGGAUGGCAAACUGGCCCAGGAUGCCCUUUUCUGCUAA